GUUUGAAAAAGUCACCCAGUCGAGUAUAGUACACUGCUGGACCAUCCAGUCAAGAAACUGAAGGAACACUUCAUUAUUAACUUUCAUUGGCUUUUUUCGGUGAUAUGAAUGCUACUCGAAGUAAGAGGGAGUAAGGAAAGUAAUGAAAGAAUACGGUGGAUAGAUACGCAAGCGAACGAUAAGAGAAUUUGAACAGAGGGUCAUUGUUGAACAACACAAUCACAACGACGAUCUUUUUGCCUUACGUUCUCGUGUUGAUCGGCUAGGUAAUAGUAGUUAGAUGAAUACUACUAUCCCUAGACAGCAUGUUGUAGUAAAGUAUGAAGGAACACUUGCUGAGCAGUGUGUCGAGCCAUGAGGAAGGUCUAAUAGCCGGAACGAAACGUCGGCGAUGAUAGGCAAGUAAACAACGCAAUUUCGUAAAACCUGAAAACUUUACGGUAGACGCGUCAUGCAUCGGUUGAAGUUCUGAACUUCGUCUAGUCGAGUGAAGAGCGUUCAACCCCCUUUUUCCCCACAUAGGAUAGACCGGCGUGCCUGAAAGGUAGAUUAUGCCUCGCAGGCGGCAGACAGACAGACAGUCAGGCUCGGUCGGGCAGCCCACAUCACAUCCAAAUCCAAUCGGUUCAGCAAGUUGGUUGGCGCUCAGUUUCAGUUCAGCUUACAGCUCAGUCGCGAAAGUUAUCUCGGCGGGUGAACACGCACAAUUGCGAAGUUCUCUCUUAGCGCGAACUUGCGAUCAUCGGCGGUGCCGUGUCAGUUAUCCAGUGAGUGGCAAGUUUCGCUCGCGUGCGGUGUGCGAUUAUUGUUGUUGCACGAGCGUUUUGGAAGAACGCUUUUUUAUGUAAUUGGUGGUGAAUAGCAAGAAAGGAGCAUCUUUUACGUGAUUUCGCCCUCUGUUUGGUCUGGAAUCAGCUGAAUCGCAGUUGGUUCGCGGAGUGUGUAUAGUGUGGAUAGUUUGCGCGGACAGUGACGUCAAACUGCGAAUAGAGCCAAUCAAGACGACGUCGCUAAUUGGGAGAAUUUGCGCGAAUGCUGGUGUUCGAUGCUCUUUCGAUUGUUUUCUGCUUCGUACUGCAGAGACUGACGAAGGUAUUCGUUUGAGUAAUACGUUGACCUCGAUUAAACAUUUAUUGACCAUUACAAAAUAGGAAUCGUUCAGCGUACUUGUAUUUGGAGCUAGGCUUAAUUCAUUCUUGAACGAUUUUCUCAUUGAUAUCAGCUCGUUUACUCAAUUGGUUCUGAGUGUGUUUCGCGAUUUCUGUGUAGAUCCGAGUGCCCAUCAGUUGUUCAAAUCUUUACACAAACUUGGCCGCUUCCCAGUGCAAUGAGAUAGGCAACCAGUGAAGUUGAAUCUCCUUGUAGGUUGAUUGAAGUUUUGUCCAAUCUUCGUCGUCAACAUCAUCGUCGAAAAUCCGCCCAAGAAGAGUGCGCAACUUGCGUCGAAAUCAAUUGAAGAAAAAAGUGAGAAGAUUUGCUUCAAGGCAAAACAAAAAUUACACGAGCAAUUUGAAGAAAAAGCAAAAAAGGCUAUUACCGAGUCAGUGUUGUUGCUGCUGCAAGUAGUGUAAAGUUUUUGCUUCUUACAACAAACAUUCGAAGCGAAACUCGUUUUCUCCGUUGCCCCGCGUCGUCGUCGUCGGCCCGUAUAGGAGAAGAGACGACCAGAUACCCGCAUUUCGCUUGAACCUGCGGAGUGUGGUGUCGGUGUGUAUUGAGUAUAGAAGCAUAGCUAAACCGAAGCGGCUUAGGAAGGUAACUACUGGAGGGUUCGCGAUUUGUGCUUUUCGGUGUGCUGUAUAGUGCUUGCAGGUGAGAGGCACCUGGCUCGUUGCCUCUUCUGCUGCUCCGCCGGGCCAUCCUGCGUCGUUCAGGUGUGCGUGUGUACCUCCGUUGUUGGCACAUUGCUUCAAACGGCCGUCUAUAAUGUACCAUCGACAACGACAACCAGCCAGCGAAUAGACCGAAAAGAGUCAUGCCAGCGUUGCGUUUGUUCGGCCGGAAAUGGUUAGCCGCGUCGGACGACCUUGUGUUUCCGUGCGUAUUCGAGAUCGUGUUCCGGAUCGUAUGGCUCGGGCUGAUAUCAUGCGUGACGUCGACGUACUGGAGCGUGACCGCGGAGUGCGAUGAACAGGCCGGCCUAGCCGUGCGCAUCUACCUAGUAGGAACCCUAGCGUUAAUUAGUAUCAAUAUGGUUCUGCUCGUACUGCUGGUGAACCGCAGCGCCCAGGGCAGCAUCACCGAGGUGCAGAAGCGCCGCUGGGUGGCGCCCCUUCUGGUCAUUAAGAUUCUGCUGAUUCUGCCAGAGACAGGACUGAACAUCUUUGGCACGAUGUGGGCCUUCUGCGGGACCAUCGAGUGCAAGAGUGAAGACAAAAUAACUCGAACUGUGAUCGAAGCAAUCGUACUAUUCAACUGGGUAGUCUUUGCGCUUAUUAUCUUCGGAUUAGCAAUAGUAUUUGACCCGCUGGGGUCGGCCAAAUAUAAGAACGGUAGGGAUAGCAACGACAACGGGCCCACCGAGUCGGCGAUUCACCGAAAGGUUUCGAAACUGUGGUUCCGGAGGUUCCGGUGGGCGUUCUGCUGCCUGCGGAAGGAUGAAUUCGGCCACGAGGCAUUCACGCAGGUGGCGAGUCUACUGAGUGCCCUGUUCCGGGGGACAGAUCUGGUCCCCUCGGAUAUCAUGGCCGGAUGUGUACUGCUGCGAGUACGGCAGAAGCGAGAAACCCGCGAAAUGAGGAGAAUACGGAUGCUGAACGACGACGGACCGCGGUAUUCUACGGACAUUACGAGGGUGUUUGCAACAUCACCGGCGUGGAUGACGAUAAAAAAUGCGCGACACUUUUUGAGGUUUGCGCUGGCAGCGUAUGGAUGGCCCAUGGUGUGCUACAUGCACUGCUGCACCGGACCGUACCGGCUGGUUCCAAAGAUGACAUGUUGCGCCUGCUUCCGCCGAAAACCACAAAUCAUCAUCGAUGAUAACUGCUGUCUGUGCCACGUAUCCGGCGUCAGGUAUACCUCGCGGAUUCGCAGCGAAGACGUUCUACACGCGUCGUUCAAAAACCACGUAUUUGAGUUACCAUUCUGCGUACUGGCGGAUCACAGCACCAAGAGUAUCGUCAUAUCCAUCCGAGGCAGUCUAUCGAUGCGUGAUGUCUUCACCGAUCUGGUGGCCAAUGCCGAGCGAUUCGACGCCCCGGGAAUGCCUCCUGAGUCGUCCGCCCAUCGUGGUAUGGUGGCCGGUGUGGAUUGUUUGCUCAAACGGCUUCGCGAGGGUAACAUGCUGGAGCGGAUCUUCAACACCUACCCGGAGUACACCUUGGUCUUGACGGGGCACAGUUUGGGAGCUGGCGUUUCCAUUCUGCUGGCGGCGAAACUGAGAAGCCGUUUCCCGGACUUGCGGGUGUAUGCAUUUGCCACCCCGGCUGGUUUGCUCAGUCGGGAAGCGGCACGGUAUACGGAGAGCUAUGCGUUUACCAUUGGAGUUGGGGAUGAUUUCGUGAUGCGGUUGGGCGUAGAUUCGAUCGAGAAUCUGAGGACCAGUAUUAUCGAGACGAUUCGGGCGUGUAAGCUGCCGAAGUGGCGCAUAAUGUUGAACGGCUUUGGGUACGCUUUGUUUGGCGUACCGUCGCGCGAUCUGGAAACCACGUGGCACGACGUAACGGAAAUCACCAAGAAAGCCAACGGCCAAAGCCCGCUGCUUGGUGAACGCCCCAUUCAGACGGUGUCCACUGCUGAAGGCGGUUUGCUGUCGAGUGAAAUCUCCAAGCGACGCUUUGCCAAAACUCGGUUGUACACCGGAGGAAGAAUCUUACAUAUCGUUCGGAGGAAGAAAACGGAGUUGGAAAAAAAAACCAACACCGGCGGACCAACAUUCGAAAUGCGCUGGGCCACGGCCGAGGACUUCACCGAGUUGAAAGUGAUGCCUCGGAUGUUGCUGGAUCAUCUGCCGGACAACGUGUUCCGGACGUUGACCAAAAUCCUGGAGGAACAGAAAACACACAACGGAUCGAUGCUCUCGCUGCAGGAAAUUUAAUUCCACAAAGCUCCAAACCCAAUCCAGGGAUUUGUCAAACCAACUGAUACCGAAACAAUCCCCGCCAAAUACCCCGAUGACCACCGGAGUGCCUUACGAGAAGUGAAUCUUGCCGUCUUCUAUACAUACACAGAAGAAACGAUUGAUAUUUUAUUUUUUAACCAUUCUUAACAAAGCCGUCGCGUAGUUUUAAGUGGAGGAAUAUCUUAUACGUGUAAGCAGUAGCUAGGCAGCAGAAAUAACCUAUCAAAUAGGGAAGUAUACUUGUCUUCAUCGUACCCUUAAAGGUAGUUGUAAGAAACAGCAGCUCCGGUAAAGUAGUCCCAUAAGUAGACAUGUAUCCAGACAUCCAGCUGUUUAAUUGCUCACUAAAGAAGUAAUAUUAAUCGUGAAGAAAAGGGAUUUCAUCGGAAAACAAACGGAUCCAUUCCAUCACUAUCGAUUCAUUAGGGUAGGAAGAUUAGUUAGGAAAAUUUUAAUUGAGAACGACGACAUUCCAGCAAGGAUCUGAAUAGCAUUGAUAUUGUAAGGUAGUUUUAACGAAACAAGGCGGGCAGGAGUUUUACGAAAUCGAAUAUCGAAAGUAUUUUUAUUCAUGUAUUUUGUAUGGUGUGUACAGAACAAACAGGAGAAGGGAUGAAGUUUUUGUGACUCAGCAGACCGCAAGACAGGGAUGUUAGUGAGUGCCAAUUAUUGGUUGUGAUAAUACAAGAAAUGCUAUUUAUUAUUUAUAAACGGCAAUGCAUGUGAACGUGACAAUUUUUUAUCCUGAUUUUUCAGUGUUGAGUGACUUUGAAAAUAGAUGUUAUUUUCAUGAAGAAA